AUGAGUGGAGAUGAUGGCAGAAAGUCUCCCAAGUUUGAUCCGCACCUUUGGGCUGAGGAUUUGAAAAGAUUUCGAGAUGAACAGAAGAAGAACAGCAAGGUAAGUUACUUUUUAUUCGUUCUUGAUUGAUUUUUAGAUAAAGGAUUGUUGAAAAUUGGUAUUAUUACGUAGCCCAUAGUCUUAUCUUGCUAAUGCGACUAUUUUAGUUUCUCUCCGACAAUCCCAGUCUGGACGAGGAUCAAAUCCGCCGGCUAGACUCGACCUUAAAGAAGGUCACGGCGUUUAUGAAGAAAGUGAAGCUGAUUGGUGCUACCGUGACUCCGGACAGUCUGAUACCAGAUCUUUCAAAGCUUAAUUUGUCUAAAUUUAUUGAUGAGAUUGCUCAAUGCGUCGUUGAAGCUAAGAUGAAGAUCGAGGAGUUGGGGCCGUUGAUACAGUUUUGUGUGGCUGCUGCUCAAAUAUACUCGCAGUUUCCACAUCAUUUGGUUACGGAAUUGAAAAAACAUAUGCCUACAAAGAAGUCGGAAAGCUUAAAGAAUCCGGCGAAGCUUAGAGUUGAUCUAAAGUAAGGGUUUUAUAUUGUACAUGCAUAGUAUUAUGGGUAAUUUUGUUUUUACCUAAUGUUCAGACCUUUUUCUCUAUAAUUUGGAUAAUUUUAGAUUCUUGUCAGAUUUGAUAGUUCACGGAGUAGUAAAAACAGAUGGAAUUCAACUUCUUGGCCAAGUUCUGGGCUAUCUUAUUCAAACAGACAAGGCUGAGCAUGUUAAUAUUAGCGUUUUGAAGCCUUUCUGCAAGUACUCGUACUUUGAUUGCACUGAUAGACCUCCAUUGAAGGUGACUGAAGCUCAGAUACCUGUUAAUGUGAUAGAGACAGAUGUUUUGACUAAGAAUCAGAAGAAAGCGAUCAGUGGAUUGUUCGAUGAUUACUUCAGUUCUUUGGUCGAACAUUUGAAUUCAAUUCGAAUGAAAAUGAAUCAACUUGUCAAGUCGAUAAAGCGACAGGAGAGAACUAAAGGUAAAUUCUUAUAUUUGGUGUGAUUUGGAAACAAAGGUUUUGAUUUUCAGCGAUUUUUCAAAAGAUAGGUAUUAAGGAUAAUAUAAUUUUUUUCAGGAGAUGCCCUACCAGAAGAUCGUGCAAAGCAUGACGAUUUGAAAGGCCAAUUUGAUCGACUACAUGCCCAAGCUACGGACUUUGCACCAUGGAUCGGAAAGACGGUGCCAGAGAUGCCGGAAGAGCUGAGUGACGAUGAAGAAGAUGAUGCUGAAGCCAAGAAGUUGAAUGUGGAGCUGGCGGAAGGGAAACAGUCGUUGUGGUUGGAUGAUGAUACCAGGACUUUUUAUGAACAUUUGUGUGAGUUGUAAAAAAAUUUUUUUACCUAAAAUUUUAAGUUUUUUAAAAUACGGUUUUUUUACUUUUAGUGAACGUAGAACAUGCUACCCUCCUAGCAGCCCAAAAUACUCAACAAACUGAAGAAGAAAACGAACAAGAACAAGAAGAAUAUAAAGACAGUGAAAUAGAAAAUGAAGUGGACAAUAUAGACCUAGACGAACUGGAAUACCAAGAAGUUGUAGACGACCAAGAACAACCAGAAGAAGAAGAAAACGCGAAUGAAGAACAAGAGGAACAACAACAACCUCAAGAAGAUGUUAAUCUAUCGCCAUUCGUUCAAAUCAGUGGUCCUUCUACGACAAUGGUACAGUUUUUGCAAAAACUGUCGAAUGGCAUCAAUAGAGAACGAAUCGAUGCGUGUGCUGUUGAAUUUAUCACCAAUUUUAAUCGAAGAUCGAAUAGAAAAAAGCUUAUUCAACAUUUAUUGGCGGCCCCGUUUGAUAGACUUGAUUUACUGCCAUUUUAUACUCGGUAAGGACUAGUAUAAGAUAAUUUGAAAGGUAUGGAGGGACACUAGUGCUAGAACCUUUCCUAAACAACAAAAAAUGGUUAUGACUUUGGUUCGAAAUCAAAAAUGGUCUAUUUUAGCAAGUUUUAAAAAAUGAAUGUUGAGUGGAAGAUUUACAAUGUAUUUUGCACUGAAAAUCUUCCACCAAACUUCCAUUUUUUAAAGGUCUUAAAAUGGGCUAAAAUUGACUUUUUGGACUUUUUUAGGAGCGGAAGUUCAAUGGAAGAUUUUUAGUGUAAAAUACAUUACAAAUCUUCCACUCAAUUUUCACUUUUUUAUUUUUGACUAAAUUGCUUGACGAUAGUUAAGAAUAGGCUUUCUGGUCUUAGAAUGGAAAACUUUGGUCAAAAAAAUAGUUGUUAUACCUCAUUUUAGGGAGCUUUUGAUUUUUUUCGAAAUUUUUGAAAAUUAAAAAUUUUAGAUUUAUGGCCACAAUCAAGCCCUCAAUCCCAGAAGUCCCAAAACAAGUAGCAGUUGGCCUAAUUGAGCGUUUCCGCCAAUUCGCCAAGAAACAACAGGAAAAGAAGAAAAAAUCGACCGGCCCAUACGACCGGUCGCAAAGCAUCGAUGCUAAAGUUCAUGUGUCAAAAUACAUUGCCGAGUUGGUCAAGUUCAACGUACUGCCAAAAGCCGAAGGUCUAGCAUGUUUACGGUCAUUACUGGUGGAUUUGAAGGGCUACAAGGUGGAUAUGUUGUGCGCUUUGGUCGAAGGAAUGGGCCUUUUUAUGUACAAAUCACCUGAAAGUCAUGCUAAAAUGAAAGUCAUAUUGACUGUUUUGAACACUAAAUUACAGAAAAUUAAGGACCCUAGACAUAAGGUAGGGUUUGGCAGUUUGAAUUUUGAAAAAAGGGUUGAUAUUUGGGGUUUAAAAGGGGGUUUUUGGCCGAUUUUAAGGCAAUUUUUCGGGUUUUGAAGGCUUUUUUAUGACAUUUUAGUGUGUCUUGGUCAUAAAAAGGAAGAUUUUGAGCACUAGAUACAAUAGUUAUCUCAUGUCUUUGAUUUUAAGGUCAAAUUGGCUAAAAAAGAAAAGUGGAAGUUUGGUGGAAGAUUUGUAAUGUAUUUUGCACUGAAAAUUUUUCACUCAACUUCCACUUUCAAAAUGUCUUAAAAUGGCCUAAAAAUGACUUUUUAGAAAUGGAAGUUAAGUGGAAGAUUUUUAAUGCAAAAUACAUUACAAAUCUUCCACUCAACUUCCACUUUUAAAAAGGACUUAAAAUCGGUCGUUUUUUCAUUUGGAAAGAAAGUUUUUGACAUUUUAACACAUUUUAAAUGUUUUUUAACGUUUUUAAUAAAGUUGAAACCUAAUUAUAAUAAUAAACUUUUCAGUUAUUACUAGAAAAUGCCUACUUCUGUGUAUUGCCAUCGGAAGAAGAGCUGAUCCAAAUCAACAGAAGACCGCCAAUGAAGCAAUACAUCUCCAAGAGCAUUCUCAACGGCCAGAAACCGUUGAGAGUACUCAGGAGAAUUAACUGGGUUGAUGAUGAGAUUAGAGGUGGGCUACUUCUUCGAACUUUUGGGGCGUGGAAAGAAAGUUUUUGUUGUUUUUGGGGGGUUUAAAGAAAGUUUUUGGCGUUUUUAGGAAUUGGAAGUGAAGUUUUUGUUUACUUUGUACGUUUUUGCGAAAAUAAAAUAGUGGAAGUUGAGUGGAAGAUUUGUAAUGUAUUUUGCACUAAAAAUCUUCCACUCAACUUCCACUCCCGAAAAUGCUUAAAACCGUGUUUUUAGGCUAUUUUAAAAAAUUAAAAUAGUGGAAGUUGAGUGGAAGAUUUGUAAUGUAUUUUGCACUAAAAAUCUUCCACUCAACUUCCACUCCCGAAAAAUGCUUAAAACCGUGUUUUUAGGCUAUUUUAAAAAAAAUUAAAAUAGUGGAAGUUGGGUGGAAGAUUUGUAAUGUAUUUUGCACUAAAAAUCUUCCACUAAACUUCCACUUUUUAAAUUUUAAAAUUUGAACUACACUUUGGUCAAAAUGAACUUUGUGCUUUUCAGAAUACACACUCAAGCUUCUAACGGACCCAUGUGCAGUACCCUUCUCAGGAAUCGAACGUCUGGCCAAGGUGAUCAGCGCCUUAUCAGAUUAUCAACCAUGGAUAGCGGUAUAUGUUGUGGAUGAUAUACUAGAGUUUAUUCGAUUGUCACUAGAAGUCGAUGAUCCUACAAUGCAUCAAAGAUUGUUCUCUUCUGUUGUUUAUCUAGGACAGUUGUUCAACUACACCGUUUGUGGCACAUUGGUCGUUUUUAAGGUGGGUACUGCAAUAUUGGUUGAUAUAAGAGAAUUGGAAGGAAAUUUUUUGACACAAAAAUCUUGAAAUUUGAAAAAGUUACUGUUUGAACUUUGUUAAAUAUGUAUUUUUCAAUUUGAAGCUUGUAAAUGAAUGUUUUGGUGAGUUUUAAAAAGUGGAAGAUUGGUGGAAGAUUCGUAAUGUAUUUUGCACUGAAAAUCUUUCACUCAACUUUCACUUUCAAAAAGUGUCAAAAAGUGAUUUUUAAGCCAUUUUACGGCAUUUUUAAAAUGGAAGUUUGGUGGAAGAUUUUCAGUGCAAAAUACAUUACAAAUCUUCCACUCAAAUUCCACGAUAAAAAUUGUUGAAAAUUGAUUGUUUUUAAGUUGUGAAGGAAAAUACGGCCGUUUUAAGGUAUAAAAAAAUAAUUUUAGGUUUUGUACCAACUGAUUAGUUUUGGCAUAACAACGACGCACGGUGCACUCUUGGAUUGUGCAGUAAGAUUGAAGCGGAUCCGACUGGUCUUGGAAGUUGUACAUGUAGUUGGAGAGUAUUUUUAUGAUGGGAAAUCAAAAGAAAGGUUGGAUUGUUUCUUUCAGUAAGUUAAAAUGGUAGUUUAGGGGGUGUAAAGUUGAAAUUUAAAAAAAUUUUUGCGAUUUUUAGGGGAAAAUUUGAGGUUUAGGGGUGGUUUGCAGAAGGUUUAGUAUUGAAACGAGGAUUUUUUGGAAUUGGAAAGUUUAUAAAAUUGAAUAAGGAUGAUUUGUAGUUGUUUUUAGGUAUGAAUCUUUGGGGUUUCAAUUUGAAAAUUUGGUGAAAAAAGGUUUUUUUCUUGAACAUAAAAAAAACCCUAAUUUUUGACCAAAAAUUGAGCUUUGCAUUAGAAAUGAGGAUUUUAAAAGUUGAAAAAUUGAUGAAAAUAUUCCGUGAAGUCUUCUUUAUACAGUCCAUAACCAUUUUCAGUUACUUACUACUGUUUUACUACGAUACGAAGGCAUUUUGGAGCGAACAUACCUUGACUUUUGGCGAAUUUCCACUGGAUUUGGACUACGAAGUCGAAGCAAUCCUGAAGAAAUUCCGUCCAAAUGAACGAGAAUUCUUUGCAACGAAUGUGGAAGAUGCCAGAGAGAAUGUCAGAGUCAUUCAAGAACAAUAUAAAGACAAAGCAGAGCAGUUAUUGAGGAAAGGAGAAGCUCAAACCAUCCAUAAUGAGGUGAAUGUCGAAGAGAAACCGAGGAAAUUGUUCUGUAUCACUGAAGAGGACGAUGAUGAGGGGUAGGCAUUAGCUUGUUUUGAAUUUUUGAGGCGUAAUUUGUUGAGUCUGGAGCAGAUUUUGAGUCAAUUUCGGCUAAUUUCGAACUUCGUGGAGCUGAAAGUUGGGUGGAAGAUUUGUAAUGUAUUUUGUACUGAAAAUCUUCCAUUCAGCUUCCAUUAUGUAAAAGUCUUAAAAUGCUCAAAAACACGUUUUUAACAUUUUUUGGAAGUGGAAGUUGGGUGGAAGAUUUGUAAUGUAUUAUGCACUGGAAAUCUUCCACUCAAUUUCCACUUCUAAAAACGCUUAAAAACGUGUUUUUAGGUAGUUUUAAGGCAUCUUGAAAAUGAAAGUUUUGUGGAAGAUUUUCAGUGCAAAUUACAUUACAAAUCUUCCACUCAACUUCUACUUUCAAAGUAGUCAAAAAUUAACAAACUUUUUGAAAAAAUAGGUCCCAUCUACGUUUCGGGUAUUUCAAGAUUUAUAUUUUCUGGUGUAAACUAUUUUUAAGGCUAAUAAUAUUGUUUUAGACAGUCAAAACCAUCCCCAGAACAGCUCGAUUACGAAGAGCCAUUACCAUCACCAAAUGCGAAUCCUUUCGCAAAACCAUUUGAUGCUUUUGAUGAUGAAGAAGAACAGCUAGAAAUCAAAAAGGAACAGGUUAUAACUGAGGAAGAUGAAGAUUUCAUGAAGGAGUUUGAUAGAGUCAUGUCAGAGACAUUCCAGGUAAUACUUUUUUUGGCUUUUUAGGUAUGAAAGUUGAUUUUCAUAACUUUUUUGAAAUAAAAUUUUUAUUUGGUUUAUUUUUUAAGGAUUUCUAAUAAGAAAUGACAUUUUUGAACGAGUUUAAAAAGUGGAAGCGGGGUGGGAGAUUUUCAAUGCAAAAUACAUUGCAAAUUUUUCCACCAAACUUCCACUUCUAAAAUGUGUCAAAAACGUGUUUUUAGGCUAUUCUAAGGCAUUUUAAAAAUGGAAGUUCAAUGGAAGAUUUUUAUUGCAAUUUACAUUACAAAUCUUCCACUCAACUUUCACUUUAAAAAGUGUCAAAUAGUCAUUUUUAGGCAAUUUCAAGACAUUUUAAAAAUGAAAGUUGAGUGGAAGAUUUUUAGUGCAAUUUACAUUACAAAUCUUCCACUCAACUUUCAUUUUAAAAAAUGGUCCGUUAUGAGGUUGGGACUGUAAAUGUUGAUUAAAAAAGGACAUGUUAAGGUUUAAAAAGAUUAUUUUGACGCCUUUAGGUAUAGAACUGUUAUUUUUUCAACCAAAUUUUGACCUUUUCAGACCUCAGUAAUACCGAAAGUACCAGUUAUCGACUUGGAAGUACCACCUUCAGCUAGGCAAAAGUUUGAACGGAAGAUAACAUUUGGUAAGUGUAAAAUACGUUUUUUUUAUGAUUUUAGGUAACAAAAUUGAUUUCUUUUUUGUUUUAUAUGAAGGUAUGGGCAUUGCUGAAGGCUUCAACUUGAAGCUACAAUUUGUUUUUUAGAGUGGGAGGAGUGGGGUGGGUAAAAAGAGUUUUUUAUGUGUACAGGGGGGACCAAGCUGAAUUUUUGAAAAAAAAAUUUUGAAUAUUUUUUUUAUUUUUUUAUUUAAAAAGUUUUUAAUACUCCCACAUUCAGCCGACGCCACCGAGCCAGCCGAACCCAAACGCCGCGAACCCCAAAUGGCACUAAUGACCAGAAAAGGCAACCGCACUGUCCUCAAAGCCGUCAACCUGAAGUCAUCCGAAAGCAUGCAAACAGCCCUCCAAGAACAAAAAGAGAAACAAGAGAAAGAACGGAAAGAAAUGAAACACAUCACUCUAGCCAUGGACAAACGAAUGGCCGAACAACGAGAAGCCGAACUCUUAAAGACGGCUGUCAACAGCUUCAAAGUGGUCGGACAGCGAACGGUACCAGAAGAAAUGCCGUAA